AUGUUUCAGGACUUCUUAUGUCAUUCAUUACUGGAGCUGAUGAAAGUAACUGGACAGAGCUACUGGAAAGUUCAGAAACUUCUUAAUACAGUCAGCCAAUCCUGUGCUCCCAGAAUGCAAACUGUUUAUGAAAUGAAAAGGAAAAGAACCAUGAAUCCUUCAACAGCUUUCUUGCCAACAACACUGGAAGAUCUGGAUAAAAUUUUGCAUGGUGGAAUUGCCUGUGGAUCUAUUACAGAGAUAACUGGCCCUUCAGGUUGUGGCAAAACUCAGUUUUGCAUUAUGAUGAGCUUGUUGGCCACAUUGCCCACCAGAAUGGGAGGAUUUGGUGGAGCUGUUAUAUACAUUGAUACAGAGUCUGCAUUCAGUGCUGAGAGGCUUAUUGAGUUAGCAAAGCAUCGUUUCCCUCAUUAUUUUGCAACAGAAGAAAAGCUGAUAUCAAUGUCUAGUAGCAUUUAUCUUUAUCGGGAACUCACCUGUGAUGGUGUACUGAAAAGGAUUGAAUCUUUAGAAGAGGAAAUUAUUUCUAAAAAUGUUAAACUAGUAAUAAUAGACUCUGUUGCUUCUGUAAUUCGAAAGGAAUUUGAUACAAAACUUCAAGGCAACCUGAAGGAAAGGACCAACUUGUUGACUAAAGAGGCAUCAAUACUGAAGUACUUGGCAGAGGAAUUUUCAAUACCGGUUAUCUUGACAAAUCAGAUUACCACGUGGCUGCGCGACGGCCUUGCUAUACAGGCAGACCUGCUGUCUCCAGGUGAUAACUUGUCCCUGUCGGAAGGACCUUCUAGAAAUGGAGAUGGAGAAUCUGGCUAUGUAACUGCAGCACUGGGGAAUACUUGGAGUCAUAGUGUGAAUACAAGAUUCAUCUUGCAAUAUCUGGAUUCACACACACGACAGCUUCUGGUUGCCAAAUCCCCCUCUGCACCAUUUACAUCUUUCUUAUAUGUGAUUGAAAAAUCCGGUUUGGUUCUCCAAGAUCCAGAUCAAAAGGACCAGCCAUGUUGCAGUUGGGAUGGAAUAAGUGCCUCACAGCAAGCAAUAAAAGUGAGGAAAGAUACCUUUAACAAUGAACCUGAAAUGUGUUUGCUCAGUUUCACCAGCAAGAGCCCAUAGUUUACUGCAGCAGUUACAAAAUACAGACAUAAAAACAGCAGGAAGGAAAAAUAUGCUGAAGCACAGAGGACGGAGAACAAGAACAAUAAACUCACUUGAGCAGCAGUGAUGAUGUCUUCUGAGUCUGAAUCAACUUUUGCAUUAUGUUUUUUAAAACUAUCUGAACUGAUGAUAUAUUCUGGCAUUCAUAAUCUUACACAUUCUCCUUAAUUAACAUUAGCAUAAAUAUAGGCUGAUGUUCUUUAUUGGUCAAUAUGACUGAUAAAUAGUUCUGUGUUUUUCUUCUGGGGAGAGGGGUUUUAAAUUGAUCUUUCUGUGUUUUCUGAUGGAACAAAAACUUAUCCAUCUAAGUAUGAGAAAGUACAGUGACCUCUUGUCAGUUCUGUCUGUGUGGUACGAUUUGAAAAGCUCAUUACCAGCAAAAUUGAACAGGUCAGCAUAAAUAUCAACUGAUGACAUACAUCUUUAUUGUAUCAGUGUAGACCAAUGUAUUGGGAUAAAAUUGCAGGAUAGAAAGGUAUGGAUGAUUAUCCAUAUUGGAUAGGAGGUAUCCAUAUUUGAUAAGGAAAGAUGCAUUUACAUGGCUUGAUUUGAUAGAAACAUCCAAAUUGUAUAGUCCAUGCUUACCUGCAAUACCAACCUGAACAGUGGAAAACUGGAUCCAUGUUGCUCUUGUAGGUUGUAUUGGUUUCUCACUGAGCAAACAAUCUCACUGAGCCUCUCUUUGUCCUUCUUAUCUCCUCUGUAGCAGCAGAAGUAGUGGGGAGGUCCAGUCUAGAUAAAAUACAUUGGUUCCAAUAGCAGUUUCACUGUGAACCAAUUAAAAUGAAGAAGCAAAUAAGUAUUUAUAUAGAUACUUAGGAUGUACAAAACACUUACCAUUAUCUCAUCAAAACUAUACAACCACUCUGCAGAGUAAAUAGGUCAGUGAUCCACAUAUUGCAGUUUGGGGGUGUGGGAGGGGUUGUCUAUGACUGAAAGAGUAUAGCUUGUUAAUGUCACCAUGCAGAUUACUUUAUAUACUCAUGUAUAAGUCUAGAGAUUAUAGUCAAAUAAUUGACCACAAAAACAUGAGUCGACUUAUCCAUGGGUCAAUGUAAGUACUGUACUUUUAG